AUGUCAAAGAAUUCAUGGGAAGUUCCACAGAGCCCAACUAAAGGCAGGGGAGAUGUUCUUGAUAAUUUGGGACAAACUCAGAAUCAUAAUACUAAUAAUUAUAAUAAUAUCUCAUCAGAAGUACUCAGCUCAAACUAUUUCCUAUCUAAAGAUUGUCACUUGCUGGCAAAACUUCUUGGCACUACAACUCAAAGUUUUCCACCUAUGGAAAAUGAUCAUAAUUCGGCAUCUUCUCAAAGCAGUAUCAUUACCAGUAACAACACAAAUUACGAAAAUGGAAGUAUGAGACAGGACAAUCUACUCAACAACAUUAGUCCUUUGUUUAAUGGAGCAUUCAAUCUGCAAGGUAAACGGAUCAAUGAUGCGAAUGAUGAGUAUGAGACUAGCCCGCCAUCGAAGAGGACGAUGAUUAAUCUUAACAACAAGAAUGACCAUCUGUUCUCUGGUACUGUGACAACUACAAGUGGCUCAAUGUUCUACAGUAAUCAACAACAGGGGAAUGGAGACAAAUUCAAGGUUAACAUAUCCAGUCCCAUGAUGAACAUACAAGAGCUUGAUGUCUUUACAUUUGCUCAAAGAUUUCUGCAGCAGUGA